UUUAUAUCUGCAACCAGCAGCAAUUUUUCCACUAAUGAGCCACACACAGUGCAACUUUAAGGUUCUGAGAACCCAAUCGUGAUUUUUUUGUUCACCCAUAAGACAUUAGUCUUUAACCAUGGGGGAUUGGAACUUAUUGGGUGGCAUCCUAGAGGAAGUUCACUCCCACUCAACCAUAGUGGGGAAAAUCUGGCUGACCAUCCUUUUCAUCUUCCGAAUGCUGGUACUUCGUGUGGCUGCCGAGGAUGUCUGGGAUGACGAACAGUCAGCAUUUGCCUGCAACACCCGGCAGCCAGGUUGCAACAAUAUCUGUUAUGAUGAUGCCUUCCCUAUCUCUUUGAUCCGGUUCUGGGUUUUACAGAUCAUCUUCGUGUCUUCUCCUUCUUUGGUCUAUAUGGGCCAUGCACUUUAUAGGCUCAGGGCCUUUGAGAAAGAGAGGCAGAGGAAAAAGUCACACCUUAGAGCCCAGAUGGAGAAUCCAGAGCUUGACCUGGAGGAGCAGCAAAGGAUAGAUAGGGAACUGAGGAGGCUAGAGGAGCAGAAGAGGAUCCAUAAAGUCCCUCUGAAAGGAUGUCUGCUGCGUACUUAUGUCUUACACAUCUUGACCAGAUCUGUACUGGAAGUAGGAUUCAUGAUAGGCCAAUAUAUCCUUUAUGGGUUUCAAAUGCACCCCCUUUACAAAUGCACUCAACCUCCUUGCCCCAAUGCAGUGGAUUGCUUUGUAUCCAGGCCCACUGAGAAGACAAUUUUCAUGCUUUUUAUGCACAGCAUUGCAGCCAUUUCCUUGUUACUCAACAUACUGGAAAUAUUUCAUCUGGGCAUUAGAAAAAUUAUGAGAACACUUUAUAAGAAAUCCAGCAGUGAGGGCAUUGAGGAUGAAACAGGCCCUCCUCCAUUCCAUUUGAAGAAAUAUUCAGUGGCCCAGCAGUGUAUGAUUUGUUCUUCCUUGCCUGAAAGAAUCUCUCCACUUCAAGCUAACAAUCAACAGCAAGUCAUUCGAGUUAAUGUUCCAAAGUCUAAAACCACGUGGCAAAUCCCACAGCCCAGGCAACUUGAAGUAGACCCUUCCAAUGGGAAAAAAGACUGGUCUGAGAAGGAUCAGCUCAGCGGACAGCUCCAUGUUCACAGCCCUUGUCCCUGGGCUGGCAGUGGUGGAAAUCAGCACCUGGGACAGCAAUCAGACUAUUCCUCAUUUGGCUUACAGAAUACAAUAUCCCAGUCCUGGCUAGGUACAACUAUGGCCCCUAGAAACUGUCCAUCCCAUGCAAUAGGAACCUGGGAGCAGUCCCAGGACCUGGAGCCCUCAGGUGAGCCUCUCACAGAUCUUCAUAGUCACUGCAGAGACAGUGAAGGCAGCAUGAGAGAGAGUGGGCUCUGGAUAGACAGAUCUCACCCAGGCAGUCGCAAGGGCAGCUUUCUGUCCAGAUUGCUGUCUGAAAAGCGACAUCUGCACAGUGACUCAGAGAGCGCUAGUUCUCAGAAUAGCUCCUGCUUGGAUUUUCCUCACCAGGAAAACAGCUCCUCACCUCUGCCUUCAGUCACUGGGCACAGAACAUCAAUGAACAUGAUUCUAGAACUUUCGUCUAUUAUGAAAAAAUAAUGCAUCAGGAGCAGCUGUUAUCUGCAGGAGGAGAGUCGUGCCUUUGUCAGCUCAAACUACAGGAAGCGCUUUGGGACCCACAUCCUCCGCAGACACCCACCAGGUGAAGGGCCAUGUCACAUCCACAGGAGACCCUUCCCUUAUGAGGGCUGGGGACAGAUUCUCACUUCCUUGCUGGGCCACACUGCUUGAGGCAGGUCUGAUGCUCGGGCAGUGAGGAGCUGUACACUGUCAGAGGAGAUCUAGGGGCAAGAGCGGCUCUGUCUCGAGUAGGAGGAUUGGGAUAUGUCACCUCUUCCCCAGUCCCAGCACAACCUGGUGGGAUAUUUUGCAAGAGAGUACCUCAGCUCUGCAGUAGCAGCAAAAGUAGCCGAUGGCCCCUUAAACAUGGGUCCACAGCAGGCCUGGAGCUUUGCGCUCAGCGUCAGGUCAGAUGUGCUUCCUGUCUAUAAAGGAGAGGUUGGCAAGAAACUUUCCAUGCUUUUCCUCUCAUCAGUUCAUUUCUCGGGGAUGAACCAGUUGGAUUUUUAAUUCAUCAAUGCCACGGAAAUAAAAUAUUGAUUAAAACACUGGCAAA